AACACAUAGCCCUUUCUCCCUAGAGCCACAAAAACAUUAUCCUGUCUCGUAUCUCAAUUCUCAUUCAUGGCACACUCACUUUCUUAUACUUCAAUAUUUCCAUGCUCUCACAACAACCAUUUCUUACAACCUGGCAACUCAACCAGUCGAAUAAGGUGUGAAUCGCCCUCGGCUAACUCAAACAAAAGCUCGAGGCUUGAAAUCGGGUCUCCCAUAAUUGUGGUUGAAGCACCAAAGAUGAUAAAGACAGCAGCAUCGGUUCCAUGUCUCAGAGCUAACUCCGGCCUCGUCAAGCCCGGUGAUGUUGGAAGAAUUGUUUCAAGAAAACCCAAAGAUGUGUGGGCUGUUCGUUUAGCUAUUGGCACUUAUCUCUUAGAUGUUUAUUGUUGAAGAAAAUGAGGGACAAAAAGUGCUGGCGACAGUAGGUUAAACACGCGCCUGAUGUGGAGCGUGAUGUACGCAUCGAACUAGCUAAUGGGGAAUUCAUUGUCAAUAGCGUUGUUUGAAGUGGUUCUCGCUUUACUUAAAAUAUGUUAUAAAUCACUCUUUCCAAAUUUAAAAUCUAGUUAAUAUAUUUUUAUUGUUAAAAUUAUUUUAUGAUUAAAUAAAAGUUAAAAUGUGUCUAUA